GUCGUCCCGAGCGGUCGCCCCUGCGGAGAAGCUGAGUAGUAUAUACGGAGCUGGCUGUCCAUGUCUUUUGCCUGCCGCGUUUCCUGAAGCCAAAGAACUUCAUAAGACCGACAAUGCCGUUCGACACAGCGCUAGACAAGGCCUCCACGGACGGCUCCACGCAGUUCGGAUUUUGGCUCACGAUCCCGAGCGCGGCUCUCGCCAGAACGAUCUUGAGAUCUAACGCGAGUUCGUCCGCCAAGAGAUUCAGCUGGGUCCUUAUCGAUGCCGAGCACGGCUUCAUCACGGACCAGGAUUACUACGAGCUCAGCAGUGCCGUUGGGUCUGAAGGCGCCAGUCCUAUCAUUCGCGUUCCGUGGAACGAGGAAUGGAUGAUUAAACGAGCUCUGGAUGCUGGCGCCCACGGUAUUCUAACUCCUAUGUGCCACUCAGAGGCCGAUGCUGCGAAGAUAGUGCAAUACUGUAAAUAUCCGCCCUUGGGCUCCCGUGGAUAUGGACCUGCGUUUGCGCCGCACGCUUUCCCCGGUCUCAAGGUUGGUCCCACGUACGAGCAGGGCGCGAACGAAACCUUGAAAGUUAUGGUCCAGAUCGAAUCCAAAGCAGGCGUCGAGAAUGUGGAAAAGAUUGCGCAGGUCGAAGGCUUGGAUGUCCUUCUGAUAGGGCCUUUCGAUCUUUCGAAGCAGCUUCAGGUCCCACGUGGUGGUGAGGAACACGAGGCUGCCAUCAAGCGCAUUUUGAGCGCCGCACAUGCGGCUGGAAAGAAAGCAGCGAUAUAUUGUACAAAUGGCGAAGAUGCUCAGCGCCGCGCGCAGCAGGGCUUCGAUAUGGUUUCAAUCGCGUCGAUCGAGGGAGCACUAGCGGAAAAGAUGCAGGCGGAACUAGACGUAGCAACUGGUCAAACUGAGCAGACCAAGGUUGAGCGAAGCUACUAAAAACUACACUGUUGACGCAACCUGCCCUUGGUCCCGAAUCCCUAUCGCGCACCAGUUGACACGCAACUGUGUAGACUCUGUGCAUUACAGCACGACCUCCUCAUGGAGACAUGAAGGUUUGAGCUCUUCUUCUAGAAGCGCCUAGUGAAAGAAUGGCAUUUGUUCAAACUCGCGCCGAAGCCCAACUUGAGCCCACCGAAAGGCUCAACAAUCAGGUGCAAAUAUUUUGUGCCUCUUUUUACCCGAACGAAAACUUCCCCAAACCCCCCACCGAUAGUCCC